GACUAAAGGUGUCCGUCCCGAUGCCUGCUCAAAAACCAGCGGAGACGGCAACAAAUCUUUUAACAAAAGGAUUCAGGAGAGUGGAUUCCCUGUUGGAGUCUGCAUCCUGCUCUUAUAUAAUACAUCCACGGAUGAAGAAGCAGGACCGAAAAUGAAGCCAGUGCCUCUUUAACUGUGAGCGGAGGGGAUCGGUCCUGCGCAGGCCUGGUUCAUCUCAAAUGAGCCUCCAGUUUAUUUUAAAGAACAGAACAAAUGCGGCCACCAUGAACGAAGAGGAAUAUUGUCAGCAGCACGACACUGAAAGUGUUCGUUUUAAAGACAACCCGGACAGUAAACCGCUGGGUGUCCAUCAGCAGCUGGAUGUAAAGCAGAUAGAUGAUAUCUCACAACUGUUGGCAAUUAAAGAGGUUCCCCCUGAAUGGAGGCUCACUUCAGAUCCACAAGACCCAGAGGUUGUCCAAAUAAAAGAGGAGCAGGAGGAGCUCUGGACCAGUCAGGUGGGAGAGCAGCUAAAUGGGGUGCAGGUGGCGGAUAUCUCCAGGUUUCCAGGCCAUGCUGUCAGUGUGAAACAUGAAGACAGUGACGAGAAAUCUGAGUAUUCACAACCUUCUCAAAGAAAAACUAAAUGCAACAGAGAAGCAGAGGCUUUAACUGCCCCCCCAGCUAAAGGAAUAAAAAUGGAAACUGAUGGUGAUGACUGUGGAGGACCGAAAUCAGCUAGAAGUCCAGAUCAAGAUAUUUAUAUACAUCCAAAUGGUGAUGAAAAGGCUUCCAGUUUAUCUGAGACUGAAGUCAGUAUUAAUGAUGAUGAUGAUGACUAUUAUUGGCAGGAGCCUUUAUCAGACUCUGGACCUGACACUGAAGACAGUGACAGUGACUGGAAGGAAACCGGGACACUGGAAUCAGGUGUAAAUAGUGACAAAGGACAAGACAGUUCUAAAGUAUCUGAAUGUAAUAAAACUUUUCUUUGCAAACAGUCACUUCAGGGGGAGAGGGGAAGAAUGUCUUCCUCUGGUUUGGCAAAAAAGAAAUGCUUUACAGUAUCACAAAAUGGUGAUUCAUCAGUGGCAGUACGCACCGGAGAGAAACCAUUUGGCUGUGACGUUUGUGGACAAAGGUUCAACCAAAAAACACAUCUAAACACUCACAUGAGAAUUCACACAGGAGAGAAACCCUUCUGUUGUGAUUUUUGUGGACAGCGCUUUAACCAGAAAACACAUCUUAAGAUCCACAUGAGAAUUCACACGGGAGAGAAACCUUUUGGUUGCGAUAAUUGUGGCAAAAGAUUUAGACACCAGUGCACUCUCAAAAUACACAUGGCAGCUCACACAGGGGAGAAACCAUUUACCUGUGAUGACUGUGGUAAAAGAUUCAGUCAUCAGAAAAUUCUGAAGGCGCACAUGACAAUUCACACAGGAGAGAAACCAUUUCACUGUGAUGAAUGCGGCAAAAGUUUUAGCCAACAGGGAAUUCUGAAGGCGCAUAUGACAGUGCACACAGGAGAGAAACCAUUUGGUUGCAGUAGAUGUGAUAAAAAGUUUAGACUACAUAGUGAUCUCACAGCACAUAUGAGAGUCCACACAGGAGAGAAACCAUUUGGUUGUGAUAAGUGUGGUAAAAGGUUUAGCCAAAAGGGAUGUUUGCAGAGACACCUUAGACUCCACACAGGAGAAAAACCGUUUAGUUGUGACGAUUGCGGAAAACGAUUUAAGCGAAAGACACACCUCAAAGCACACAUGACAGUUCACACAGGAGAGAAACCAUUUGGCUGUGAUGUCUGCGGCGUAACAUUUUCACGACAGGGAACCCUGAAGAGACACAUGAGGGUCCACACACGAUAUAAACUGUAAAGUAACAGGGUUUUGUCCAAAAGAUUACAUGCAGUGUUAAAGUGUGUUGGUGCAGAUCAGAGCAGUGGAUUUCCUUUAUGGCACUGAGAUAACUGAGAGUGUAGGUUGAUACCUCUCAGACAGGUCUGCUGUAUUCCACUAGUUUCUCUUCUGAAGCUUAAACAAAAUGCAUAAGGGGAAAAUAUCCUAGAGAAAGAUGAGGUAAAUGAUGAUGCUGACAAAAAGUUAACAUGCAUGGAAAGAAGUAAAUUCUCCCCAGUAACAUAUGAUGAGUGAAACAACUUUUACAAGUUAAGAAUACAUUGCUCAAAAAAGUUAAAGAAAUACUUUUUAAGCAGAGUAUAGAAAUAAGUCAGUUAAACCACUGGGAUAUUGACUCGGUCAGUCAUAGCAGAGGGUGUUAUUAGUCAGUUUCAGGUGGUUUGGUGUUCAUGAAAUUAACAACAGGUGCACCACAGGGGCAAUGAUGAGGCAACCCCCAAUUAGGAAUGUCAUUUUCCCUCCUUUUUUCUCAUUGUUUUUUUUCACUAUUUUGGGAUUUGGUAAGGGUCAGUGUCACUACCCUUAGCAGAUGAUACCUGGACCCUACAGAGGUUACAUAGGUAGUCCAACUCCUUCAGGAUGGCACAUCAAUACGUGCCAUUGCCAUAAGGUUUGCUGUGUCUCCCAGUACAGUCUCGAGGACAUGGAUGAGAUUCCAGGAGACGGGCAGUUACUCUGGGAGAGCUGGACAGGGCUGUAGGAAGUCCUUAAACCAUCAGCAGGACCAGUAUCUGCUCCUUUGUGCAAGGAGGAACAGGAUGAGCACUGCCAGAGCUACAAAAUGAUCUUCAGCAGGACACUGGUGUGAGAGACUUCAUCAGGGUGGCCUGAAGUCCUCUAGUGGGCCCUGUGCUCACUGCCUGUCAGCGUGGCAGGUCCACACUGGUGCCCUAGUGCCCUUGGCAAAAUGGACCAGCCUGUACCAUCUUUUUUUCACUUUGAUUUUUGAGGUGUCUUUGAAUUAAGCCCUCUGUAGGUUAGAUAAUUUUCAUUUACUCAAACAAUGAGGCAUCCUUUCAUUCCUAUCUCAUUACUCCAGUCCAUAUCAGUAUAGAUAUCCAUUAUGAUUUUUUCCCGUUGAGAUCUAAUGUGUUUUCAUAGUGUUCCUUUAAUGUUUUUUGAGCAGUACAUUUAGUAACAGAAAUAAGAUUAAUACUGGGUUCAGCCCUCUGUCACCUUCAAUUUGAUAAGUGGUUAAGAAAAAGGAUGGAUGGACUAUGUCUGCGAAGGUUCAGAGUCAUCCAGGUCAUCGUAUUCUAAGGACCAGGGAAAGAAAAGCGUCUCGACUUCUCUCUUGUUAACAGCAGGAAAGUGUAGCUUGAUUGCUAAAAAUAAAGUGUUAUAUUGAGAAAAAGUGUACUUUCAGUGUUGAUCAAAAUGUAUAAUACUCCUUCCUUCAGCCUUAUACACAGUUUGUUGUUUACCAGUAUUAUGAUUUUUAUUAUUACUCCCAGAUUUAUUUUUUACUAUGCAAUGUAACCACUCAUGAUGGCUUUAAAGGUGAAUUUGCCUGAUAAAUAUUUUGUAUAAGACAACUGUGUUUCUAAUUUCCUUUGAGGACUUGAUGGACUGAGGCUGAUGUAGACUUCAGGUCCACAAAUAAAAUUUCUUAACAUUUGA